GGACCAUCAGUGCUACCGCACGCCAUCCUAUCAAAAUCAAUUCGGUCUACGCUGCAAUUUUCUUUUUUCCGUCGUUAGUAUAUAAACUGAAGUUCGAAGGGAGGAGGUUUACUCCGCGAGGUGAAUUUUGCGAAGAAAUUCGCGAUGGCGAGCACGGGCGACAACGCAACCUCCAUGGAAUCGUCGAAAAGGUCCUUGGACCUCGCGAGGAAGGAGCUGCGGUCGUUAUUGGGGAAAAUGGACGAGCUGGAGCUUCCCGUUCGAGCGUGGCGGCUGCUUGGCGCGCGUUCUCGAUUAAAACCGAUGAAGCUACGCGCGAGGCACCUGUGGAUCUUGCUGAUCGCCACGUGGAUGACGGUGCAGGUCGCACGGAACCGCGUGCAGACCUAUCGCCAUAGCAAGUGCUUGAUAACGGCGCCCUCGUUUACGCAAAAAGUUUUCCGACCGCCAGAAGACUGCUCGAUCUGCCAGGACGUUCAACAGGUUGACAAGCUCUCCGCCAUCGAUCCAACGAUUUUCGAGCAACGCUACGCGUAUUCCGGCAAGCCGGUAGUGAUAACGGACGCGAUGAUGAACUGGACCGCGCCUAAGGUGUUCUCCUUCUCGUUUCUCAAGACUCUCUAUCACGGCGAGGACGCCAACUGCCAGUUCUUUCCGUAUAAGACGGAAUUUCACAGCCUGCAGGACGUCUUCGACAUGAAUGACAGUCGAGCCACGAUGGAGAAGGGCACGAAGCCUUGGUAUGUCGGAUGGAGCAAUUGCGAUGACAAAAUCGGCGCUAUAUUGAGACAGCAUUAUCAGCGACCGUAUUUCCUGCCUGCCACUGCCGAAAGCGAGAAAACCGACUGGAUUUUCAUGGGGAGCCACGGAUACGGCGCCCCGAUGCAUGUGGACGACGUGGAGCAUCCCUCCUGGCAGGCGCAGAUAAAGGGUGAAAAAUUGUGGAUUUUGGAGCCGCCGCGCGAGUGUCAUUAUACGUGCAAGAGGUUAGAAGUGAUAGUGCAGCCCGGCGAAAUAAUCGUUCUGGACACGAACAGAUGGUAUCAUCAGACGAAAAUCGUAUCCAAGGAUAUGAGCAUCACCAUCGGAGCCGAGUACGAUUGAAACUUACGGAUUAAUAUAAUUGUGUGCUACUCAUUAAUUAUACCGAUACUCGUUCGUUAUACUGAUAAUAAAUGUAAAAUAAUUCGCGCGAUAAGCCGAAC